CUUCGACAUUUGAUAAGUACGUACGGAGAUACGUAUUGACCAGCUACAACUCCCCCAUAUAUUGACAACCCGAUAUGGAAGCUGAGCACGGGGAUGGAGGAGUGUCGCAUGGUUAAAUCCAAGCAAUUUGCGCGAUGAGCUUUGUACAUCGCCUCCAGAAUCCCGCUCCACCAGGCUACGUGACGCCGUCCUUCCCGUCCCUAUACUGGCCGUUCCCGGGCCUCGGGAGCAAUCAAGGAGCCGAGUCGUUUUACCUCUACCACACCCAAGAUAUCUGGCGGUUCACGUUGCUAUGGACCAUCCUCUUCUACGCCGCCGUGCACCUAGCCACGAGCGGGUACGCGGUGCUGGUCCAGCUGAAGAACUGGAAGGUGGUAUGGGUUGUGCCGGUCGUAUAUUUCGUGGUGGGAGGGAUUGAGGCGUUCAUCGCCGGAAGUAUUGUGGGAGGCCUCUUGGGUGCAAUCUACAAUGCAGGAUUCUUUCGGAUGUCCACUUGGAUCCCCUUCGUGUGGGCGUUUAUCAAUACCCUGAUCCUCAUCUUAUCAUCAUUCGCAAUCCAAGGCGGCUUAUGACAACCGCUUAACCCCGAAUGGCAGCAUUAAGAUGAAAUUGCAUUUGUCGUUUA